AUGUAUGCGUUAUUGAAUGAACCAGCAUACCAAACGGUAUCCAAAGACCCCACACCUUCCGUCCAAAGACAGAACAACUCGCUCAUUACCAGAUUGCUCAAUCUCAAGCUCAUCGACACUAAAACAUCUAUGCGCCUAAAAUCAAAUACAGCUGUAUGCCCACGCAUAUACGGACAACCCAAAGCGCACAAACCCAACUUGCCACUGCGCCCGGUGGUCCCCAAUAUCACAGCACCGACAUAUCAACUUGCCAAGUUCAUAGGCAGUAUACUAAAAUCAUCAUUCCACAGUGAGUACAACACACCCGACAGUUUCCAGUUCACCGAGUAUAUACAACAGGUCACCCUUCCACCUGACUAUGUCCUAGUGUCGUUUGAUGUGGUCUCUCUGUACACAAACAUACCAACAGAGCUGGUCACCCAUGAUAUCAUCAUGGACUGGCGUAACAUUAAAGUUCACACCAACAUUAAUUUGGAUUUGUUUCUCGAGCUAGUCGAGUUUUGUAUUAAAAGCAGUUACUUCAGAUUCCGGGAAAAACACUACAAGCAAACGUUCGGCACAGCCAUGGGCAGCCCCCUAUCGCCCAUUCUAGCUGAUAUUAUUAUGGAAAACUUACUACAAACUUCAAUCAAACGACUUCCAUUCACCAUUCCGGUAAUCCGCAAAUAUGUUGACGAUCUAUUCUUGGCGCUCCCCAAAGACAAAGUACAACAAACUCUGGAUACUUUUAACGCAUACAAUCAACAUCUACAGUUUACAAAAGAAGAGGAGAUCGACAACAAACUUCCGUUCUUAGACACAGUAGUAACUCGACAUUCAGACCAAACACUAUCUACACGCUGGUACGCAAAACCGAUAGCAUCAGGCCGUCUUCUGAACUACCAUUCUUUCCACCCGCUAUCGAUGAAAAUGAACGUCGCUCAACAAUUCAUUAAAAGAGUGACUGGUCUCACCACGGAUAACUGCCCUAACUUGCAGCAAAAUAUAAUUUUUCAACAUCUCCGUAGGAACAAUUACCCAUCAUCACUCAUCAACAGACUUAUAUCCCGCAAUGCAAAAAUAUUCUGCCCCUCCAAUAACUCUCAACAACCGGAUAAAAAUAAAAAUGCAUCUAACACAAGAGAUCCUCCCAACGAUAGCAGUCCGUCCACCGACCAGGUUUACAGAUCACUGCCAUACGUACCAUCACUCAGCACAUCUAUAGUAAGCAUUCUAAAAUCCGAUUACCCAAAUGUUAAAAUAGCAUCAAAACCAAUCAGCACCACAUCCAAACUAAUGCUGAACGUCAAAGACCCCGUAGAUCCUCUGUUGCAAUCUAAUGUCAUCUACAGUCUGCCUUGUGGGAACUGCCCAAUGUACUACAUAGGAAUGACACGGAAUCAGCUCAAAACAAGACUGUACGGCCACAAAACCAACAUAAACCAGUAUGUACGAUUAAAAACCGACGGCGCAAUCACCACCGACGAACAGCUGAUCAGUCUCGGUGAGAAAACCGCUCUCAUCGAACACAUGAUCAAAAACGACCACAAUUUUGAUCUCACCAAAGCUAAGAUCAUUGAUAAAACCUAUCGAUCGACGGCUCUACCAAUACUUGAAAUGUGCCACAUCUCAAACACCGCCAACACCGUCAACCAUCGCACCGAUGUAGAUGGUCUCAACACUACCUACGCCGGCAUCCUACACACACUGAAAACGACCAGCACUCGAAGGAAUAGAAACACAGAAACCAGUGAUGACAGUUGUUUUGGCUCACAAUUGAUAUCAAUCCCUCCAUACGCAAUCAGUGGGUCACCAUCUUCAAACCAGACGUUGGACCACUUCGUGCAUACAUAG